GUGUAUCGCAGCGCUGCUAUCGACUGUAUUUUAAGCAGGGCAGCAUGAGAUUAGGUCAUUUCGUUUUAGUAACAGAAGAAACUUCCUUGUCCGGCCCGCACAUAUAGGCUAGGGGGGAAAUGUAACAAUAUGCAUUCACAUCGGCUGUCCGAAGGAUAACCGUUUUCGCACUGCUAAACAUGUACACGUGAAGACACAGACCGCACUAUCGUAUUGGCCUAUCUCAUUACAAUAAAAUAGUAAGAGUAGCCUGUGAAGUUGCAAUUGCUGUUGGCUAAGUAUAUAAUUGGUACAAAUGGAGAGACAACUGGUAACGUUCGUGGACCGGGUCAAAUCUGGCGGUGGUAUCUCAGACGAAGUAUCAUCUGAAUACAAUAGUAUUCGAGCUCAGACUGCUGACAGGAAGCAGAGGAGCAGCUUCACGACGGAUGCCGGGGGCUUGAAGGAGAACAUCAAGAAGAACCGUUACAAGGACAUCUUGCCCUAUGACCAGACGCGUGUUCGACUGGAGCCACUGGAAAACAAGUUUGAAUCGGACUACAUCAAUGCCAGCUUCAUCCAGGGUGCAACACGAAAUAAAAGAUACAUUGCCACCCAGGGACCCCUGAGUCACACUCUAGGGGAUUUCUGGAGAAUGCUUUGGCAGUAUAACGUAAAGGUCAUAGUGAUGGCCUGUAGAGAAAUAGAAAUGGGAAAGAGAAAGUGUGAGCGCUACUGGGCUGCCCACUCGGAGACGUCCACCUUCGGCCCUUUCGUCGUUACAAACCUGGAAGAAGUUUGCCCAAAUGAAGAAGUGGUCGUACGGAUUCUGCAGGUGAAAUACCAGGAUGAAAGCCGGACUCUCUCCCAGUUUCAGUACACUGCUUGGCCGGACCACGACAUUCCUUACACGUCGGACGGAAUUCUGGGAAUGAUGGACAUGCUCCGGAAAGUGCAGGGAACGGACGCCGCCCCGAUUCUCGUUCACUGCAGUGCUGGCUGUGGAAGGACUGGGGUGAUAUGCACAGUAGACUAUGUGCAUGAUCUUCUACUGACUCAGAGAAUCACCGAGGAUUUCAGCAUCAUGGAGAUCGUGACGGUCAUGCGGACGCAGAGGCCGUCGGCGGUUCAGACCAAGGAGCAGUAUGGGUUUGUGUACCACACUGUGGCUCAGAUGUUCCAGAAGCAUCUACUGGCCCUGUGCAACAACAACAAGAGCCUGGCUGAAAACCUCCGGCCUCUCUACGACAAUGUGGAGUCCGUGAGCAGACAGCAGCCCCAGACACAGCCGCACAGAGCCAGCAGCGUCCAGCCGAGAAGUAGACCCAGCCUGGUGCCCCAAAGGCCCCAUUCCGGGCAGCCCAAGAUGAACGACACGUACGCCGUCGUCAACAAGUCCAAACAGCGGCCGGUGGCGGCCUCCACUCCUUCCCUUCCCACUCGCUCCCCCCCGCCCGCCGUCCAUCACUAUGACAACGCGGGGCUGGGGGCGCCCCUCUACAGCAAGGUCAAACCGAAGAGCCAUCGCGGCAGCGGCGGCAGUGGCGGCGGCCCCCCGACCCAAUCCGUCUCGCCCACCUACGACCGAGCCCUACCGCAGUACCCCAGGGGGGCGGAGGCCUCGCCUGCGGCUGACCACGGGGACUACGAGCCCCUCCCAGGGAUUUUCAGCUCGUCCAGCAGAAAUUCUAAGGUUUCUGACACUCCUAAAAUCAGAAAACAAUCUGAGGAUUUAAACUCAACAGACGAUGACUACGAAUACGUUUCGAACCCCAUCAAAGGCACAGCUGGCUACUCCUCUCCUGGCGGCAUGGGGUUCAACUGCCGAAUCAAGAAGCCGAAAGGACCGCGAGACCCGCCGGCGGAAUGGAGCCGGGCUGAGCGUUAGCGCGUGCGCUAAUAGCGGGCCACCCAUCCAGUCCAAUCCGCCCAAGCGAUUAAACCGUUCGCGGAAUGUCAAGGAAACCGAAUUAUUUCUCGACUCAAGAGAAGGAACGACGAGACACGCUAUGCGGGUAAAACAAAAAAAGUGACGGUUACGGCUCAGAUUGCGUGAAAUGUGUCAUUCCACCGGAUGCCUUGUUCGUGUCAGGACGCACCUGGACGUGUGCGUCUGGUGGGAUAUUUAUUUUAUGUACAGCGUAAGAAUAAUUUAUUCAGGAUUUUCUUAGCAACGAAUUUAAAAAAAUGCAAUGGCAGUGGCGUGACGUUAUUAAGCAAAUAAACCACCGCUAUGCUUACAGGACAUAGCCCACACGUGGUGUUUUAGGUAAAAUUCUAAUGCAUUGUGUGCCAGAUCUGCCGUUAGAGAAUAAAUGGAAAAUCAGUAGAAAAGAGAAGGCAGGGAGAGUAGAUAGUUUUAUCAAUGAUAGUUAUUUCUGAGAAGUUUCUCCAGUGCAGCUUUUUACAUUUAAUUGUGCUGUCUUUGGUAUGCAAAGUUUGGUUCAGUAACUUCUAAUUAUAGGAUGUGCAAAGCACUUUGUCCUCCAGUGACGCUUGACCAUCGUACCAGAGCAUUAGAGGGCAGUUCAGACUACCAUAAUGGAACGAAUCUGCAAACACACUGAACUUGUAGGACCCCAUCUAAUCCACAAGGGGGCACUGUGGAAGUUUGAAAUCUGGGACAGGAAGCAAAAAAAAAAAAACAACUAUUCAAAAUAUGUAAAUUUGUUGCUUUUCUGUUUAAUUUUGUAAAUGAUCAUGGCUAUUAGGAUGCAUAUUGUCAGAGUGCAAAGGCUAUGGCCAGGUGAAUGUAAAGUUUUUCUUUAUACAUGAACUGACAAUAAACGAUCUGCUAAAGCUGAGACAUGUGA